UAUUUAUAGGGAGUAAAUGGACGGUUCAGAUAUAAUCCAAGUUUACAAGAUUUGCAUUUGGAGCGUCUAGGAUGCUGGCUGAUGGGGCGGUGAUUGGAUGGAUGGUCACGAUUGCGUAAAUGAUCAAAUCAACGGUCGCGAUUACACAGACACAACUAUUUAAGAAUCAGGCGCCAAUUAAAAGAGCAAAGAAAAAAAAAAAGAAAACGAAACGCACGCGUUACUGUAUAGCGAAGAAAGAAACGAAAGAAAACUUUCCUGAGAAUCCAAAUGGCUUCGGCGCCAAGAAAUGACGAUGAGCCGACGGCCGAAGUUGAUUCACAGAUGCCACCUGGCGUCGUUUUCCUUCUGACUGGUCUGGAGUUGGUAGAGAUAGCUGACUCGCAUGCCCUUGAGCCUGAGUUUGAGUAUGAUGCACCACAUGAUCCAUUUGAUGAUCUUCUUGCUGCUUAUGGAAUGCCUGUGAAUAUAAUUUUGGAGAGCCCCAUUAAUAAGGCUGGCAGACUGCAAGCUGUGUAUGUCAACUCUGGAAGCUCAAAUGGCUAUUACGAAGUCAAAGGUCAUGCCAAAGUUCCAAUCGGACCAAAAGGAUUUCAGCAAAUGUGGCGUGAGCUACAUCAGUCUGGUGGGGUUCUACAGCAGGGUACCGAGGCAGUGGCUUGGCACGAGAAUUGUGGCAUCCCAAGUUUGGUAGAAGGCUUACCUGCAAACUCUCGGAAAAUAGGUGUUUUGUCUGGAAAGGGAAGAGGUACUGACCUUGACACGUAUAUCCUCGCUGCUCCGAGUGAUCAGACUCUUGUUUUUGUGGUUGGUGAAUUUGCCAAUGAGGGGAUCGAGAACUACAUUGAUGAGUAUGUGGAAGUUUCUGGGUAUUCGCUGGCUCCUUCUGUUUGUGUGGGUCAUAUAUGCUGCGCGUUGGGGAAAAAAUGGAAUAUUUGUUGAAUCAGUAUUUUGGUUGAUGAUGUAUUAAGUGACUUUUGACUUCUUUUGGGGUUGUCCAUAGGAUGAGUUGAAACCAAAACUGCUGUAAAUUUCUGUCUAAUAUUCAUCGGUAUUGUAGUAAAGGAGACUGCUUUUGGAUUUAGAAAGUGAUUCUGAGACUAUUCUCUGGGUUUGUAAGGUCCCUAAAUUUCUGGUUAAGUGCUUGUGAGGUCCCGAAUUCUUUGCUAUACUUUUUAAGCAGUUUACUUUCUUG